AUGUCUUUUAAGUGCUGGGAUAUCACGAGAACGUCAACAUCACCCAGACUUAUUCCUAAGUGGAAGGACUUGAAACCCCUCUUAAAGGAUAUCCUGAAGGAUAAACAGGUUGAUGAAAAAACAGAGGGUGAUGUGAACAUGCUGAGUGACUGGGCUGAGAUUCUAUGCCAAGAGUCUCACCAUCCUGAGAGCAAAACUUUCAUCUGCUUCUACUCCAUUGAUGACAACUAUUUUGUCUCCUUAAACUGGGCAGAACUGUAUUCAAAACAAAUGCAGGCAGUACUCUGGAUUCAGAAGAAAGCUGCAGAAAUGGAAGGAGUGAUAAAAAAGAUAAAGUUCCAUGUGAUGGCUCAAGUGCCACCCAUCCAAGCAAUGGUCCACACAGGUCCCUCUCACAUGUUAAUUGCUUACUGUGAUGACAUGCGCCUGUGGCUCUUUGGGGAUCACCAUCAAGGGUUCAUAUCUCUGGGUAUGGUCCCCUGUCGUUUCUCCAUCAGCUGCCUCAGCUAUGACUCAGAAACUGAGAUGCUUCUCUCUGGUACCCUGGGGGCUGUGGUCACCUGGUUUAUCUUGCCGAACGGCAGGGGCCUGCAAAUGGCCCAAACUGUGCCUAUGCCUGGUGGUGAGCUUGUUCAGGGCUUUUCCCUGAAUGCCCCCCGGGGCUCCCUGCUGGCUCAUUGUGAAAAUAAGGUGAGAGUCUUCACCCACCAAGGUCAGGGCCAACUGGAAGAGGUGAAGAAGUUCACUCCCAUCAACAGUGGCUCCACCAUCACCUGCUCCUUCACUUGUUUAUCUCAGGGCUACUUCUAUGUUGGAAACAAGGAUGGAGAAAUCCAUGCUUGGGGUCUAGACCGAGGUAACUUCCUCCACAGCUUCCAGGCUCAUUCCUCAUCAGUGAUGUGUAUCCAAAGCCGGUCAGAGACCUAUACCUUACUAACAGCAGGCAGUGAAGGUGUAGUGAAGGAAUGGAACCUUGCCUUUGGGAACUUGCUGCGGCAGCUGGAUAUUGAUAAGAACAUGCAGAGACUGCAGUUCAUUGAUAACAGCACCUUUUUCUGCCAGACUAACCACACUGUCUCAUUGUAUCACCUGCCCUACUUUUAUAGCCUCUUCAAUAUCUGUGGUUCUGCUCCCCAGGAGGUGCGGCGGGUCUGCUGUGGCCAUAAUUGGACUCGGAUCCUAUGUGCCACUAAGGACGGUCUGUUGCGCUUCUUGUCUCCAGUAACGGGAGAUCUCCUGGUUAUCACCUGGCCUCUACUUAUCAUGGAUAAGGCUGUGGCUUGGGCCUAUGACUCACACAGAGAGGAGCUCUUUGUGGCAACAGAUAGUUCAGAGGUGCUGGUGUUUGAUGCAACACGCUCUCCUUGCACAGCCAAGUAUCUUAUGUGUCCUUCAGUAAGCCUUGGGGAUAGAGUCAAAUGCCUGGCCUAUGGGCAGUACCAUUUGGGUAAGGGCCUUGUAGGACUGAUGUUCAGUGGGCAUGACAGUGGCACUGUGAGAAUCCUCUCCCACUACAGUUGUGCCCGAGCAGAAAAGAUUCUUCAUUCUGGGGCAGUCCUGGUAUUGUCUACCCUGGAGGGUCCCCAAGAGUACUCCUUGCUCUGUUCCUAUGGCAUGGAUAAUACUGUAUAUCUGACAGAAGCUGUUCUGCAGGGGGACAGGGUAGUCCUGCAGCCUGUCAGCAAAAUUCUCUGUAUUUGCCCCCUAAAACACUUGAUACUCUUGCCAGGUUCUGUGGGUGCCAUCACUGAGAACCACCACUGGCAUCUCUGGAGUUAUCAGGACUUUCUGACAUCUCCAGGAUCAAAGCAGAGAUCUGAGUUUAAAGAGACAAAAUGCCUGCACCAGUGUGCCAUCACUUCAUUUGAUGUUUGCCUUUCCCUGAAAAUUUUUGUCACAGGGGACACUAACGGCUCAGUCCGGAUCUGGGACUUCCAUGGGAAACUCAUAACUGAGUUGGACUCUGCAUUACAUUUUGGCCCACUGUGCUUUGCCAAUAACCGGGGUGACCUGCUUUUGACUUUUAACCAGAGUCUUUACCUGGUAUCCUGCUUAAAACUGCUCCCUCCAGCCCAGCUGAUUCACCUAACUCUCCUGAACAAUGCAGAUGACAUACAAGAAGCCCCUAAACCCUUCCUGCCUAGCUUCUUCUUUUCAUUCGAAAAAGUAUUUGUACCCAAAUUUGUCUACUUUGGUCAAGGGUCGCAGGAAUUACAGGGGCUAGAGGCCCUUGUUAACAAACGGAUGAUUGCCUUUGACCAUACUGUGCCCCAUGUUGUGGAGGAAGAGAGGCCUAAGUCCUCUGUGAUGCAGGAGGGACCCACAUUGCAUUUUUUGGAAGAUAAGUAUACUGAUUUUCCUACUCUGACUCCCAAGCGUGAUCGUCCCCCAUUCAUGGUUCCUUCUCAGUUGCGACUGGCCGGCUGGGACGGGUUGAGACCCUACCAGAUAUUACAUCAUUUCUUUGGUCAAGGGCGACCUUGGCCCUUUCCUCCGGAUGGCUACAUCCCCAACUCAGUGAUCCGUGCCCGUCUUUGGCCUGAGGGUACCCCCAUCUUCUUGCACUGUGAUCUCCACCUAUCCUACCAAGAUAAGGACUGGGACAUGACUGGACUCAGCAGAAGUCAGGCACUGUCACCUGUGACUUCAAUAAAACAGAAAAUCUCAAAGAGGAAGCCAGAUCAAAAACCCAUGCUGGGGAAACAAACUUUCUUUGAUAUUCUUGUAAACUUGGCCAGUCAAAAUUGGAUGGGAAGAAAACUGGAUGAAGGACUUAUCAAUACUUUAAUUGAGACCAUCCUCAACCUCACAGUUUACUGUUCUAUAGAGCAAUACAAGACAUAUAUCAGUAUCCUGGCACAGAUUUUUGCCUCCCAUCAAGUAUCUCCAAGGUGGCACUCUGAGACUGCUUGUCGCCUCAUGGAAGACACAACUCAUUCCAAUCCAGAGGUCCGGGAGACAGCCUGGGAGGGAUUGGAGAAGCUAGGCUUCAUGAGCCGUCUCUUUGCGAUUCCCCUGGCUGUGGGAUUGAUGGACAGUGACAAAAAUGUGCGGGCUAAGGCCUUAUACCUUAUGGUAAGAGUCACGGGCAUCCAAACUAAGAGCCUGCUGAUAGCUCUGCUGAAGAGACGAGACACUCUCAAGGAAAUGCAGCAAGACUUUAUUGGAGAAAUCUCUCUGGACCAGCUGCUGGGAAUUCAAGCUAGUGGUAUCCAGUACCUGCUUACUCAGGUGGAACAGCGGUUAAAUGAGAACCUGACCCUGUCACAUAGAGAGGAGAAACCUCCUUUGGUUUUAGUUAUAUCAAGGGAUCAUGAACCUGAGGUCCCUGAUGAACAAACACUCAAAAUUUGGUCAGAACCUGCAAAGAUCGCCAAACCAAAGCAAAGAAUGACACAUGUUGUUACAGCAAAGAGCAAAAAUCUCAUUAAAAAGGACAUGAAAGUUCCCAGGAAGCAGGGAGAGACAGAAUUGAGCCCUGUGUUGGUGACUUUAGAGCAUGAAGAUGAACAGAGAGAAGCCAAGGAAUCAGAUCAAAUUGACAUUCAGGAUGUUGCCUCAGAGCCAGACCUGUCACUAAGUACUUUCAGCCCAGUCACAUCCAAAGAGGAUGCUGAAUCAAAGGAGGUUGUGUUGGAGGCCACAGAAGUCACAGAACCCACAAAAGCCUUGGAGAUCAAAAAAGCAGUGAAGGCCAGAGAGGCAGUGGAGGCCAUGGGAGUUAUGAAGGCCAUAGAUCAACAGGACAUGAGAGAUUAUGGAAAAGUGAUCCCUAAAGUGCAGAGACAAGAAAACCUGAAAAGGCUUUGGGAAAGAGCAAUGAAAAAAAGCCAUAACAAAGUAAGUGUGAAGUUGAAAGAGAAGAGAAAAUUGAAGGUAAUUCCAGAAACAACUGCAGAAGAGCCUAAGAAAGAGGUUAUACAGGUUGCUGAGCAAGAAGAAGAUGCAACAAAAGUAUUUAGAAAGGGUGGUCGUGGUUUGUCUGGGAUGCCUGGCCGCACAACCAAAUCAGAAGCCAGAUCUUGGCGGGAUGACAUUUGCAAUCUUGUGACCUCAAGGAUAGCAAGUUCUGAUCCACGAAUGUUAAGGGAUCUGAGUCAAGAGUUGGUGAACUGGGCUCAGGCAAUACUUGCCCCCCAAGAGCCCAGCUGGGAUCUCUUCCAGGAGAUUUGUCCGCUUUUAAAGGACUCAUCAGAACUGGAUGACAUGGAGAUGGAAGAAACACCUGUUGUAACAGAAGUGGUUACAGAGGUUGUCAAGGAAGAAAAGACAGUAGGACCCGGAGAACAAGAAGAACAAAGAGCUAAAAAAAUGUUAAAGAAAAGAAAGGUGUCUUCUAAAGUCAAGAAAAAGAAACUUGUUUACUUAGAUGAUGACAAAGUAUCAGACAAAAUGAGAUUCCAAAAAGUAAAGACACUAGCUAUGCAAAAAGGGAAAAUAACUGGGGAAGCAAGAAAACUGAGUAAGCAGGAUUUGAAAUUAAUGCAAGGAAAAGAGAAACUGACCGAGGACAAGAAACCAAUCCUUCAAAAAGAAAAAAGAGGUGAGGAGGAAGAAAUAUCACCCAUCUCACAAAAGAAGUUAACCAAGGCAGAGCAGAAGUUAGUCCAAAGAGAAAAGAAGGUAACUGGGAAAGAAGAGGAACUACUAGGUAAAGGAAAGAGGAUGAACUGGAAAGGGGGAAAGGUCACCCCGGGACAAAGAACAUGGUACUGGGAGAAGGUUACACUGGAUCACAAAGAAGGCAGGCAGGCCCAGGAAGAAGGGUUGCCUGUCUGGGAAGAGAGGAAGUUGCUCCAUGAAGAGGAGGAGCUGAUGGAGGAAGAGGAGGAGCUGAUGGAGGAAGAGGAGGAGUUGAGUGAGGAAGACGGGGAGCUGAGUGAAGAAGAUGAAGAGCUGAGUGAAGAAGAUGAAGAGCUGAGAAAGGAAUUGGAGGUGCUGGGUGAGGAAAUGGAGAAGCUGAUUGAGGCACUGGAGGAGCUCAAUGAGGAACUGGGGGAGCUGGGUGAGGAAGAGGAGGAGCUGGCCCAGGAGAAGGAGGAAAUAAUCCAGCACCUAGAGAAACAAAUUGAAAAAAUGAUGAAAAACUAUCGCAAAAUAAAGAAACAUAUGGGGGAAAUGGAGAAACAUGAUGAGGAAGAGGCCUGGGAAAGAGGAAAAUUGGCCCAGGAAGAGGAACAUUUGUCUAAAGUAGAGGAAAGACUGUCUGGGAAAAAGGGAAAACAGACAUUAAAAAGACACAGCUCGGUAAAUCGAGAGAUGAAAUUGAUCCGAGAAAAGAAGAAAUCGUUCAUGAUAGAGAAGAAAGAGGCCCAUAAAGAGAAACAAAUCCAAGAAAAGGAAAAGCCAGUUGAGAAACUGGAGAAAAUAGACGAGAAGGAGAGGCAGGCUAAGGAAAAGGAGGAAGAUGCCAAGGACAAACAAUUAGUCAGGAAAAGACAGAAACUAGGCCAAAAAGAGGAGGAACUGUUUGGAGAAAAGGAGAAACUGUCACAACAAGAAGCAAGGGCUUUGGAGAAAAGAUUGACUCAAAAAAACAGUAUUCUGGGCAAGGAAGAGAGGCAUAUUGCCGAGAAAGAAAGGGCAAUAGCCAGGGAAGGAACUGGUGUAACUAAGAGAAAGAAAAAAGCAACUCAAGAAGAGAAAGAGUUUCUUGAGGGGAAACUGGCCUGUGACAUUAGGGCCAAGGAGAUGGGUGUUGCUAAGGAAGAAAAGAAAAGAAUCCAAGAGGAGAGUAUACAGGAAAUGAGGAAACUGGAUAUGGGGGUGGGGAUUAGUUCUGAAGGAAGAGAGACUAGUUCCAGAGAAAAAGAUAUAAGGAAGAAAGAGAGUCACCUGAUGCAGAUCCUGGCUAAAAUAAUUAGAGAAAUGAGUAUAGUGCCAUUGAAAGAAACAGGAAUACCUGAGGAAGAUCAAUUGGUUUCUAUGGAAAUGAGUGAAACUGAUGGCCAGAGGUGGGAAUUUUCUAAAGAACUGGAGGAAAUAACCAGAGAAGAGAAGCAGCUGGUUCAGAAAGAGAGAAAACUAGAAGACGACAGACUAGCUACUGAACAGAGAAUACUGACCGAUGAAGAGAGCUUGGAGGAAGACCAAAGGUUAUUAGAGAAGGUCCAGGAAAAUAUACUAUUAGAUAAAACCCAGGUAGAUAGUAUGCUAAAGGAGGCCCAGCAGCAAAAUCUGUUAGGAAAAAAGCAGCUAAAGAAGCUUCUAAAGAUAAUCAAGGAGAAGAAACCAGAAAAGACCGUGAGCCCCCUCAAAACACCAUUUCCUGUAGCCCUGGGAAAAGAAAAGGGAAUGCUCCUGAAAGUGUUAGGGCAUCAUUUCGAUUUGGAAGGACAGGAAAGUCAACUUCUUAAAGCACACCCCAUGACAAUGUCAUGGGGAAGACGAGAGGAUGUGCUCUUGGAAAAAGGCAAGGGCAUGUUUUUACAAGUCAUGGGGAUGGAGACACAGACCCCAAAAGGCCUCCACAAGCCAAAGUCCCGCUUACCUGAAAUUAUCAGAGAAUCACAGAAACCUAAACACAGGACCAGAGACGGCAUGUGGAAGUGGUUUUUAAAGUCUCAGGAUUCUCAAAAGGGCAAGACUCAGGGCCAGGCCCCUGCCCCAACCCCAACCCCAACCCCAGGUCCAUCCCCAGCCCUGUACCCACCCCUUACCUCUAUGCCAGCUAAAAGGCUUGAUUCCCCAGAUGGGGACUGGAUUAGUAAUGCCUUAAUAAGACUGGAAGCCGGAGAACAACUUUCAAGGGACAGUUUCCAUAGACUGAGCCAACUCCUCAAGCACCUCACUUCAAAGGGAUAUUUGAAACAGACCCAUCUGUACAGCCUUAAAGCUGUGGCUAAACGCCUCCAGCAGAACCUACAGGUAGGUCACAGAGAUAUAUCACGGCGUUAUAAAGAUGCUUUGAGCCCAGUAUACAUAAAAGCGAUCCCUCCAAUCAGAAGGAAAGAAAUGGAGAGCUGGGGAGAGUCAUUCCCUAUCCAUGAGCCAGCCCGGCCCAUCCCUACACCAGCAUUACCAUCAAUGACCUACAGGGUUCAAGACCCAAAGGCUCUAACUUGGCUUCUUUUAGGAAAGCCUUACAGGAGUGCACAGGCACAGCAAUUAUCCCAUGUUCUCCAAGAGAUGGGAAUGCAACACUUUCAUCCUGCCACAAGAGACAUUUUCACAGGUGCCCAUGCUUCUGUGGAAAAACAAACUCUAGCACUGAUGUUUCAGAAUGAUCUCAGGGCUCUGAAGGGCGAAGGCAGGGCCCUCAAGCUGCCCCAGCUGGAAAAGAAGGCACAAUCUGUCUCUAAAGACAAGGAAGAGCUCCCCCAAUGGGAGACGUUUGUGGCCUUAUACCAUGUUCUGCGGAUGUUGCAGAAGCGAUAUGCAAGAGACAGUGCUGCAUGGAUGGAACAGUUCAAACGUCUCAUGGACUUGUACCAGCUCAAGUCCCCCCGAAUCCAGAGGCUGCUACUGGAGUUGCUGCAGAGAAAGAGACUCCAACCACAACAGACCAUCUACGAAGAGGCUGCAAGGAUCAAGGAGUUGGUGCCUGGUGAACGGUUACUCUGUGACCUGAUGUGUGGUAGUUCUUAUGCCCCUGCAGGUCCCCUUGAAUUCAAGAAUGUUGUACCCUUGCCUGGGCAGAACAGAGUGCAUACUAUCCAACCCACGGGCAUUGCCCAGUAUGGAUUCUUAGAACUUGCCUGGAAAAGGCUACCAAAAGCCAAUCCUUACCGUAGGGAGAGGCUGCCCAACAUCCCAACCCCCACUCUCUGA